AUGGGAGACGUGACGUCAUCGAAGUGGCGGCUGGACGGCUACCGCGUGCUCAUCACCGGCAGCACCAAGGGUAUCGGCUUCGCCGCGGCCAAAGAGUUCAUCGACCUCGGCGCGGAGGUCAUGGUGAACGGGCGGAACGGCGCGGACGUCAAGGCUGCGGUGGCGCGAUUGGGAAAGCGCGCGUACGGAUGCGUGGCGGACGUGGCGACUCCCGACGGAAGGGACGCGCUGCUGUCCGAGGUGUCGUCGCACUGGGACGGUCUGGACUGCCUGGUGAACAACGCGGGCACGAACGUGCGUAAACCCGCGCUCGAGGCGACCCCGGGCGAGUACUCCCGCAUCGUCGGCCUCAACAUGGACGCCGUCUACCACCUGUGCGUCGGCGCGCACCCCCUACUGACGCGAUCCUCGCGCCCCACCAUCGUCAACGUCGCGUCCGCCGCGGGCUUGCUGAGCACCGGCAGCGGCGCCGCGUACGCGGUGUCCAAAGCCGGGGUGGUCCAGCUCACCAGGACGCUCGCGUGCGAGUGGGCGCCCAAGAUCCGCGUCAACUGCGUCGCGCCGUGGGUCACGUGGACCCCGCUGCUCGCGCGAACCGUGGAGGACGAUCCCACCGGACACCAGCGCGAGAGCUUGCGCAAGGCGGAGGCGGCGACGCCGCUGGGAAGGUGCGCGAUGCCGGAGGAGAUGGCGGGCGCCAUCUGUUUCUUCGCGAUGGGAGCGAGUGGGUACGUCACCGGACAGACGCUGUGCGUCGACGGCGGGUUGCUGUGCGAGGGAUUCGCGGGCGCGUGCGUCCAACGGGGGGGUUAG